AAAUGAAAACAAGAAGCAAAGUGGUUUAUGAUUAAGUCAUGAUGAUCAAACGGCGAGCAGCUGAUGAAUACCAAUGAAAUGAACUGCUGGGUUGGUGGGCCGUCUUUAACUUAAUUUACAUGUGAGCAUCAAUAAUGGCGAAGAAGCCAAGAAUUGUGAUUAUUGGAGCAGGGAUGGCUGGUCUUACUGCUGCUAAUAAACUCUACACUUGUGAAAGCUCAAAAGAGUUGUUUGAGCUUUGUGUUGUUGAAGGUGGAACAAGAAUUGGUGGCAGAAUUAACACUUCAGAGUUUGGUGGUGACAGAAUUGAGAUGGGUGCUACUUGGAUCCAUGGCAUUGGAGGCAGCCCAAUUUAUAAAAUUUCCCAAGAAAUCCAUUCACUUGAGUCUCAACAGCCUUGGGAAUGCAUGGAUGGCUUCUCCACGGAAACAAAGACCAUGGCUGAAGGAGGUUUUGUUCUUAAUCCAUCCAUUGUUGACCCUGUAUCCAAGCUUUUUGAUAGCCUGAUGGAUUUUGCUCAAGGCAAGCUCAAUGAACCUUCAACCUGUGAGAAAAAUGACUUCUACAAUCUUGCUGUUAAAGCUUUCAAACUUUGUACUAGCAAUGGUAAGCCUAGUGAGCUUAGUGUUGGUUCUUUUCUUAGACAAGGCCUUAAUUCUUAUUGGGAUUCUGUUAAAGAUCAAGAGGAGGUGAAAGGUGAUGGUAGUUGGAGCAGAAAGUUGCUUGAAGAAGCUGUUUUUGCAAUGCAUGAAAACACCCAGAGGACUUAUACUUCUGCUGGUGAUUUGUUCACUCUAGAUUUCAAUGCAGAAAGAGAGUAUCAAAUGUUCCCAGAUGAAGAAAUCACCAUUGCUAAAGGAUACAUGAGCAUAAUCAGACAUCUAGCUUCUGUUCUUCCUCCAGGUUUGAUCCAUUUAGGCCGAAAAGUUUCAACCAUCGAGUGGCAACCAGAAGGAUACAAGUCAAGACAGAUGGAAAAUGGCUACACUUUAAGGCCUGUAAAACUGCAUUUCUCUGAUGGAUCCACAAUGCUAGCCGAUCAUGUUAUUGUCACAGUUUCAUUGGGGGUACUAAAAGCUGGAAUUCGGCAAGAUUCAAGCAUGUUCAAGUUCAACCCUCCUCUUCCAUCUUUUAAGACUGAGGCAAUAUCAAGACUGGGUUAUGGUGUUGUUAACAAGCUGUUUCUACAGGUGAGUCCAUCAAAUGAAUGUGAUAUUUUCAGCAAAGGCAGCAGCAACUUCCCAUUCCUGCAUAUGGCUUUUCAUAGAUCAGACUAUGAGCUGAGGAAUGAAAAGAUCCCUUGGUGGAUGAGAAGGACGGCUUCUCUGUGUCCAAUUUACAAGAAAUCAAGUGUGUUACUAUCUUGGUUUGCAGGGGAAGAAGCUCUUGAGCUUGAAUCACUGAGUGAUGAAGAGAUCAUUGAUGGAGUUUCAACAAUAAUCUCCAGCUUCCUGUCACAACCCCACAAGAAAGAGGAAUCCAAUUCCCAUCAAUUAUGCAAUGGGAAUAAUAAUGUGAACCAUGUGGAAAGCAGUGAAGUGAAAUUCACAAAAGUUUUAAGCACUAAAUGGGGCAAUGACCCUUUGUUCCUUGGAUCAUAUAGCUACGUUGCAGUUGGCUCAAGUGGUGAAGAUUUUGAUAUCAUGGCAAAGCCAUUGCCAGAAAUUAGCAGCAGCUGUGAGUCUACUGCUAUUGUUCCUCCACUUCAAAUACUCUUUGCAGGAGAGGCCACUCAUAGAACUCAUUAUUCUACAACUCAUGGUGCCUAUUUUAGUGGUCUUAGAGAAGCCAAUAGGCUUCUUCAACAUUAUCACUGUGUGUAUUUUUAGGUAACUGUAUUAGCAGUUUGCUUUAUAAUUAUUAUUACUAUCAAUAUUUUUAUUAUUUUUAA